AUGGUAAACCAUUGGGGCCUGAUCUAUGUCAACUUUGCUGGUAAGCAGGUGCAUUUUGAUGAUGGCCUUAUGUCUGUUGUGCCUCCAGUAGCCCUUCUGUUUGUCAAAGAUGCUUUGAAUCUCCUUCUUGAAUUAUACCCAGAUCACCCAUCCCUACAAACAAAGUUUUGGCUCUCAAUCCAAGGUUUUCUGCAUUUUGGAAUGCCUUCUCAGUUGCCAGUUGAUGAUAUGAUGGUUGGUGUUGGAAGUUGUGGGAUUGGGGUCAUCAUGGCUGCCAGAGACUUCAUCCAAGAUGGGCCAAAAACUGUCAACAAUAUCAAGUGGAGAUAUUCCAAUAUGCAUAACCACAGAAAGGAACUCAUGUUGCAGAUUCUAAAGUGGGCAGGGUAUGCUAGCUAG